AUGACCACAAUGGCUGUAUUGGAUGUACGAACGGCUACCACAACUACCACCAAAUGCCGGAAAUACUACGUACCACCGGAAAAACAACGUUUAUCACUUUGUGUGGGCUGUGGCGGUCAAAUUCACGAUCAGUACAUCCUGCGCGUCGCCCCCGAUCUGGAAUGGCAUGCGGCAUGCCUCAAAUGUCAGGAAUGUCGACAAUUUCUGGACGAGAGCUGUACGUGCUUCGUGCGUGACGGCAAAACGUAUUGUAAACGUGAUUACGUUAGGUUAUUUGGUACAAAAUGUGAUAAAUGCGGUAGCUCAUUUAGUAAAAAUGACUUUGUGAUGCGGGCAAAAACGAAAAUCUUUCAUAUUGAAUGCUUUCGUUGUUCGGCGUGUGCGAAGCAACUGCUGCCAGGUGAUGAAUUUGCGCUCCGAGAUGGCGGCAUUUUAUAUUGUAAAGAGGACCAUGAUGUUCUGGAGAAAUCUUCACAAAGUAGUCUAACGUCAUCUUCGAUAGAGAGCAACAACAAUAAUAGUAAUAGUAAUAAUAAUAAUACAAGUCUUAGUAAUAAUAAUCAUUCCAGCGAGUUGGGUUCAAUGUCAGUUACAAUCAUUGAAAUGCCAUGUUUCCGUUGUUGGGAAUUCUCAAAUUAA